UUGCUAUAAUAAUGGUACGUUCCUGUUUUGAGUCUAUACGAGGCAGGCGCGCAAACUCCUGUCAUGUCACUGCAUGCUUGAGCGCCUGAAGGAAGAAUGGCGAGAUUUAUAAACCGUAAUAUAAGGACUCUUUUGGCCACACAGAUCAGGAUGUCGUCCGACCAGCUAGGAGAACUGGGUAAAGGUGCUGGAAAAGGAGGCGGUGGUGGAGGUACAGUGAGGGAGGCAGGAGGUGCGUUUGGCAAGAGGCAGGCGGCUGAGGAGGAGAUGUACUUCAAGAGAAAAGAGAAAGAACAAUUGGCAGCUCUGAGAAGACACCAUCAGGAUGAGAUCGACCACCAUAAAAAGGAAAUAGAAAGAUUACAACAGGAAAUCAGUCGCCAUGAGGGCAAAAUCAAAAAACUUAAACACGAUGACUGAGAAUUUAGACAUUACAUUUGAUAAACAAAUGCCCCACACAGAAUAUUAUAUGGUUAUAAAUAAAUAUAUGGUUUAUUUUUAUUAAGCAUUUGUGAUUUCUCCUCUGACUUAUGAAACACUGACAUAAUAUGUGUAUCUAAUCAGUGUCAUUUCUCCUCUUGACAAUAAACAUAAAAUUGUCUCAAAUAUAAA